AGGAAAAAAAGAAAGGCCGAGGGUCAAAAUGGAAAUUCAACAUUUAGGCGAAUGCAAGUGUGAGGUUUCUUGGUGUUUGGGUUAAUCCUCCUUGUCUUUUCCCAAUUCAACCCGGAAGCAGAAGCAGAAGCAGAAGCAGAAGGCAGAUCGGCUUUUUCAGUUUUAAGAUAACAAAUGUCUCGAAGAUAUGAUAGCCGCACAACGAUCUUCUCCCCCGAAGGUCGUCUUUACCAAGUUGAAUAUGCGAUGGAGGCUAUUGGGAAUGCGGGAACUGCAAUUGGGAUACUGUCAAAAGAUGGUGUAGUUCUGGUUGGUGAGAAGAAAGUCACCUCCAAGCUUCUACACACAUCAACGUCAACUGAAAAGAUGUACAAGAUUGAUGAUCAUGUAGCAUGUGCUGUGGCUGGAAUAAUGUCUGAUGCUAAUAUACUCAUCAACACAGCCAGGGUUCAAGCCCAACGCUAUACUUAUGCAUACCAAGAACCAAUGCCGGUUGAACAGCUUGUGCAAUCCCUCUGUGAUACCAAACAAGGCUACACACAGUUUGGUGGGCUUCGUCCAUUUGGUGUUUCUUUUCUGUUUGCUGGUUGGGAUAAAAACUUUGGUUUCCAGCUAUACAUGAGUGACCCGAGUGGAAAUUAUGGUGGUUGGAAGGCUGCUGCAAUUGGGGCAAACAACCAGGCGGCACAAUCAAUGCUUAAGCAGGACUUCAAGGAUGAUAUUACUAGAGAAGAGGCUCUCCGGCUUGCACUUAAGGUGCUCAGCAAGACAAUGGAUAGUACAAGUCUUACUUCUGAAAAACUUGAAUUAGCUGAGGUCUUCCUCUUGCCUUCGGGAAAAGUGAAAUAUCAAGUUUGCUCACCAGAGGCUGUGAGCAAGUUGCUUCUGAAGUUUGGAGUGACCCAACCUGCUGCCGAGGCCUCUUAAGUUAUGGACUUCGUCUUAAAUAUGAGUUUUAGGACUAAUAUGAAAGCGUGAUGCAUGCUAAAUUGCAUUUUAGGCAUGAUCAGGGCACAUGAGAGAUUCUCAUUUUAUCACUUGCAAUUUCAGUUCUUAUUUUAUGAGCUCCUUGAUACUGGAUGAUUAGUUCUAAAUGGAGUUUUCAUUUGAAUAUCCACUGUUGGAAAUAGCUGUGAAUCAGAUUUCUUUAACUCAAAAUUUUGUGAACAUUUCAUAUCAGCAUAUAUGAAAGAAUAAGAAACCAAAUUGCAAGAUU